AUGAGCCCACAGUGUGCCCUUACAGCCAAGAGGGCCAGUGCCAUCCUGGGGUGCAUUAAGAAGAGUGUCGCCAGCCUGUCAGUGGAGGUCAUCCUCCCCCUCUACUCUGCCCUGGUUAUCAGAUGCAGAGCUGCUGUUGCCUGGGCUGUAGGCAAACCACUGUCUGUUGAGGAAGUGGAGGUUGCACCUCCAAAGGCAGGUGAAGUCCGUGUCAAGAUUGUGGCCACAGGCAUCUGUCGCACAGAUGACCAUGUUUUGCAAGGUUGUUUUCCUAACAUGAAUUUCCCAGUUAUCCCAGGCCAUGAAGGAGCUGGGAUUGUGGAAAGUGUUGGAGAAGGAGUGAGCUCUGUGAAACCAGGAGACAAAGUCAUCCUUCUUUGUCUUCCACAGUGUGGGGAAUGCAGCUUCUGCCUGAAUCCUGAAUCCAAUUACUGCCUGAAGACCCACUUCUCCGAAUCACAAUGCCUGCUGCCUGACAAGACCAGCCGGUUCACUUGCAAGGGCAAGCAGAUCCACCACUUCCUGUGGGUCAGCACCUUUGCAGAAUACACUGUGGUCCCAGAGUAUGCUGUGUCCAAGAUAGAUGCUGCUGCACCUCUGGACAAAGUCUGCUUGCUUGGCUGUGGGUUUUCCACAGGCUACGGAGCUGCCAUCAACACUGCCAAGGUAAAACCAGGCUCCACCUGUGCUGUCUUUGGUGUUGGAGGAGUUGGCCUCCCUGUUGUCAUGGGCUGCAAGGCGGCUGGAGCUUCCCGCAUCAUUGCCGUUGAUAUCAACAAGGACAAGUUGGCCAAGGCCAAGGAGCUGGGAGCCACCGACUGCAUUAACCCUCAGGACUUCAAGAAGCCUAUUCAGGAAGUGAUCACUGAGAUGACCGGCCAUGGCGUGGACUACUCCUUUGAGGUCAUCGGGCAUGCCGAUACCAUGAUUGCUGCCCUGGCUUCCUGCGAUAUGAACACUGGUGUCUUUGUGAUGAUUGGGGAAGUGGAUGCUGGUUCAUCAGUUUCCAUUGAUCCUACACUUCUGCUGACUGGGCGUACAUGGAAGGGGUCACUGCUUGGAGGUUGGAAAACAAGAGAUUGUGUCCCCAAAUUAGUUUCCAGCUACUUGGAGAAGAAAUUCAACUUAGACUUGCUGAUCACACACACACUGCCGUUUGCUAAAGUGAACGAGGGAUUUGAGUUGUUACGUGCAGGAAAAAGCAUUCGCAGCAUCCUGCUCUUUUGA